AUGUGGAUACUACUUCUCUUCGCCGCUCACUUAGCUUUUGCCUUUUCCGCCAACUGGAACGAGACGGUUUCUUGUCCUCGUGAUGCACUCUACUCUUCUCUUGUUGUAGAUGGCGGUGGCUUCUGCUCGAGUGUCUUGGAGGGAAACCACUGCGGUGCGGGUUACAGUACUCCUGCUGAGUAUGUGCGGUAUAAUCAGACGCGGAUAGCUUCCUACUGUGCGUGUAUUAUUACGAGUUCAGAGGCUAUUACGACGUCGAGAAAGUCAUCCGGAGCGACAACGCGGGACGAUUCUUUCACGGCUGAGUCUUCGGAUACGUGGACUACUGAGGAGGAGACAUCAGCAUCUGUGGGGCAGCCUGCUUCAGGGACCUAUCCUGAUAUAACAACAACUGAAGUAUCUGAAACGACAUCCAAAUCACGGAAUCAGACUCGAUCUGCUUUGACAUCUUCCGUGAAGACUACAGAAAAUGUUCCGAGGCCAGGUCCUUUUACCAACACAAGCAGUCCAGUCACAGAGACACUUAAGACUUCCUCGGAGGCUGCCAACUCUGGGAACAUCACCGCUGGAUUACCAACGAACACGCGUGGUUCCAUUUCAGAGUCAUCUUCAGAAUUCCAGAACCAAACGUCUGGUAUACAGCCUACUUCUCUCUUGACUCAGUCUGGCAACCAGACCCAAUCUCGACAGUCUAGCACGGAUGUAACGCCUCAACCUUCAGAUACGAAUAUCCAUGAACCUGGGAUGACGCUAUCUGGUAUCACAAGCGGUUCACUAUCGUGGUCUAUACCCGGGAACACAACGUCGAGUCCUUCGGGGAGUGGCACACGUCCGACUGGGUCAAUAUCCACAGGGUGGAAUUCGAGUUUGACUACUCCGAGUAACAGUCUUCCUGGGACAGGAGUGCCUUUCCCCAGUGGACCAUUGUCGACGACUCCAGUGAUCACGGAGACUGGUAUCUCGUCGAGCUUCAGUGCUGACCCAGGUUGGAAUGUCACUGUUUCUCAAUCGGCUGGUAACGUCUCUGUGCCGACUAUCAGUAUACCCAGUGUGACACUUACGUCUUUUCCAACCUUGUCCCUCCCGACAACCUCAGCGCUCACAAGCUCUGAGAUUUUGUCGAGCAGCACUGUGGCCUCUGGCUGGAAUGACACUACAUCGGGAGGCAAUGGUACGAUACCAACCCUCAGUCUACCCAGCGAAACACUCGCUCCUUUUCCCAGUGUCACGCUUCCGACGACGCCGCUCACUACGGAUUCUAUAUCCUCAACUAUUGAUAGUGUGUCUACAGGUUGGAAUAGUACGAUGUCUGCUUCCAGAGGCAAUGGUUCAACUCCGACUGUCAGCAUCUCAAGUGGCACAUUUGUACCGCUCCCGACAUUGUCAUUGCCGAGUCAAUCAUCCUCAGAGGAAGCGACUCCAAGCACAACUUCAGGCAGUAGCUCUUUGCCUCCUAGUGGCAAUGUUUCUGUACCGGCUGUUAGCAUAUCCCAAUCCGAAACACUCCCCCCAUUUCCUACUACGCCUCUAUCUUCCCCAAUUCAGCCAUCCAUACCAAGCACUGGGCGGAGCGACAGCGUGGUACCGGGUUGGAACAUGACUGCAUCUCCGCCAGGUGGGAACGUCUCGGUGCCAACGAUCAGCCUCCCCCAGACAGGGACUUUCGUGCCGAUUCCAACACUAUCGCUUCCGAGUGAUUCUCUUUCUAUCACCUCUGGGGCAACAAGCUCGGCGUCAAGUAUCACUGUACUUCCUGGCCAGAAUGGUACUACUCCUCCGACAGGCAAUGCUUCUGUGCCGACAAUAAGUUUGACACAGCCUGGCAAUCCAUUGCCUUUCCCGACCAUUCCAUCCUCAAUCGUAUCUCUUCCGACGCUUUCUGAAGAUACUUCUAUGGCAAGUCACAACGAAAGUGGUUGGAACACCACAGCCGAUGUGUCUGGGAGCGUUGGUUCUGGUACAAUUACUAACUCCUCCGAGUCAGGAGCAUCUAUGUCUCUUCCGACAGACUCCGAGAUACCUCCCAGUAUUACUCAAAGCAGUGGUAUAGGAUCGAACCUCACAUCUUCCAUUUCAGGUGCCGUCUCUCUGCCGACUAUCAGUGUCCCGGCAUCGGAGAUCCCAGCAUCCAUCCCAAGUCUGCCUUUCCCGACAGACUCACUCGAAGUUCCAACCAGUACCGAAAGUGAGAGUGUUGUUGCUGGCGGUAACACAAUAGUCUCUGCGCUAGGGAGUACCGAAGCCGUUACAUCUUUCUCGAGUCCUGUGGCCACGGCUUCAACGUCUGGUGGCGGUUCCAGCGGUUCUGAAUCUGGUAGUAACGCAACGACCACUGGCGUUCCUGAAUUCCCCACUGCUAACCUCACACAUGUCACGCGAACCGCUUCCCUCUCCCAAGAAACAUGCUAUACUCUACCAGACGAUCCAGAGGGCGACGCAACCCGCCGAGCGUUGCUGUUCAACUCCAGACUUCGGGAAGACAAUGUCUCGAUUCCCAUGCCAUAUAUAGAGUCCGUUGAGUUUGAGAGCAACGGCGUGAAUCCUCUGUAUCUCACAGUUCGUGAUGAAGAAGGCGGGACCUACUUUGUCGACAUUUCCCACCGCGGGCGGCUUUCAGUCGUGGAUCCUGCUGGGUACCUGGUGACACUUGACGCCCAGGGUAUUCACUUCUCGGGAAGUAACUGCACGUACGACGUAUCCAUCACAAUUGACGACAUGUACACGCAGAUAGCCGAGCUCGCUGGUGUACAAUGCGCUGCUCUCAGACGGCAGAAGCGCGCCAAUGAUCUAGACUUCAGUCAGAUUCUGUACCUGCAUGACCAAUGCGGUAAUGUCGUUGACAAGUCACUGAGACAGUAUCCUCAGCUUCUGGUAGGUGACACGGCCUGCGCGGACGUCGCCGUUGACGAAGAUACGGGACGUUGGAAUUUUGGCUGUACGUUUCCGGGUUCUCAAUCUGGCCCUAUGAGAUGUCAGUGGGCUGUCAAGAAUAGCAUCAUCGACUUCAUCACCAUCGAUCCGUUUGGUGGCUCCUGUCCUGACUUGUCUACGGUCGUUACCACGCUUGAAGAGUCGGGACAAGACAUUGUCGAUCCGUCCCAGCUUCGACAGGAUCUUGCCAACCAAGGUUUGCGGACUGAGAGAGCGAGACAAGAGGCGGAUGAAGCUGUCAGUGCCUACACUCUUCUAUGGCAAGCUCUCGGGGCUAUGUUCUCCACAAGCGCAGGUUCCUCUAAGGGCGCUUUGGAGAAGUACAUCGAUGUGUACAAUUCCCAACGCAGUUUUGAGAACGACAUCUGCCAGGCUCUUCAUGAAGGCGAGAUCCCUCUCAACUUGACCCUCAUCGCUGGCGCAACCAAGAUCCCUGCCAUCACAACUCUCAACUGGGCGCCAGAAUCACUACGAACCUACAACAUUACCGUCCAAGAUUCUACGCGAAUCGCAUGCUGUCCUGAUGCCAGAGUUGCAGAAGGCGACGGUGCUACGUGCGCAUAUCCCCGAGAAGCCAUCAUACCAGGAACGGGAUGCGUCUGUGGUACGACUGCUGGAGGCGAAGGUAUCGCAUUUGAGUGGACUGAGUGCGGGAACUUUGCAGGCAGUUGCGAAGCCGAUGGGGAUUGUGGUGAUGGAUAUCUUUGCUUGACAGGAAGUUGUUGCGGUGGAGGAGUUUGUGUUGACGCAUAUGCUUGUUCGGAGAAUGGGACAGCUUUGGUACAAUUCAAUGGCGGGUUCUAG